AUGACUGUUGAGCAGGAAAUUGAUGAGCAGAAUGAUCAGUUUCCAGUGGGUAUGCGGGUUCUGGCCGUGGAUGAUGACCCAACUUGCCUCAUGCUAUUAGAGACUCUGCUUCGUAAAUGCCAAUACCAUGUUACAACAACCAGUCAAGCAAUCACCGCCCUGAAAAUGUUGCGUGAAAACAGAAACAAGUUUGAUUUAGUUAUCAGUGAUGUUCAUAUGCCAGACAUUGAUGGUUUUAAGCUGCUGGAGCUUGUGGGGCUUGAGAUGGACCUACCUGUUAUAAUGUUAUCAGCCUAUGGAGAUACCAAGCUUGUGAUGAAGGGAAUUUCUCAUGGGGCUUGUGAUUAUUUGUUGAAACCUGUUCGAAUAGAGGAGCUAAAGAACAUCUGGCAACAUGUAAUUAGGAGAAAGAAGUUUGAUGCCAAGGACCAGAAAAAUUCUGACAAGGCUCAUUUUGAGUCUGGUGAAGUAGGAGAAGGGUUCCCUGGAACCGGAGAUUCUGACAAGAGUGGGAAGCUCAAUAGGAAAAGGAAGGACCAGAAUGUCGACGAGGAUGAGGAGCGUGAUGAGAAUGGACAAAAUAUUGAGGAUCCAUCAACCCAGAAGAAACCUCGAGUUGUUUGGUCGGUGGAGCUGCAUCGCAAAUUUGUUGCAGCUGUACAUCAAUUGGGCAUUGACAAGGCUGUGCCUAAAAGAAUUCUAGAGUUGAUGAAUGUGGACAAGCUUAGCAGAGAGAACGUGGCAAGCCAUCUCCAGGCACAAAACUUUUUUUUCCUUCCCUCUGUUGCAUAUCAUAAACUCUUUUCUUUUAUCAGAGCUUACUAUCUUGCUCUAUGGAUGCAGAAAUAUAGGCUGUAUCUGAAAAGGAUUAGUUGUGUAGCAAGUCAGCAAGCUAGUAUGGUUGCAGCUUUAGGAAGUUCAGAUUCUACUUAUUUACGAAUGAGUUCUUUGAAUGGGCUUGGAGAUCUUCGACCUGCGGCUGGCUCUAGACAAUUUCAGAAUGCUGCUUUCGGAUCCUUCUCACCCAGUAGUGUAAUUGGUAGAUUGAACACUCCGGCUGGUCUGGGUAUGCGUGGCCUUUCUUCUUCAGGAACGGGUCAAUUGGGGUUUACACAAAACUCAAGCAAUCCCAUUAAUGAUCUGGCUAAUUUCCACUCAGUUAUACAAACUGGAAAUCAAAAUGGGAAUAUACUUCAAGGAUUGCCAUUGUCAUUAGGACUUGAUCAACUACAACAUAAUAAGGUUAUUACUCAAAUUGGAGAGCUCAACUCCACUGCUAAUGAUUCCAUGGUUCAUCCCAUUUCCAAUGGCUUCUCGGAUAUGAAAAUAAAUGUUGGUAGCUCAAGAAAUUCCCUUUUGGGUGUUCCUAAUAAUGCCGCAACAUUACAAGGUCACCUUCAAAACAACCAAAGAGCAGGGAUUUUUGGAAAUCAUUCUUCUGUUGCAGAUGUGUCCUUAGAUUCUAAACUUUCUUCUCCCUUGCUGGAUUUUGGUCGAUGUAAUGACAACUGGCCAUCUGCUGUUCAAUCAUCUGAGGUCCAAUCUGAUUCUUUUACAUUAAGACAGUGUUUCAAACAGGCCACUCCAAGUGACUUGAGAGGUGAUGUUUCUUCAAUGGCCAUGCAUAUAAUGACUAAUCCUCGGGAUGUGUCUUCCAUAAUCUCAGUAGUGCCAGAUACAGGAACAGAUUUACCAUCUCGAGCGGAACAAGUUAGCAGUAAUGCUGGUCAGAAUAUGGAUUUUGCCUUAAAGCAAGGGUGGUAUGACCCCAAAGAGGAUGCAGCUCAUCACUCAAACCUUACAUGCAUCUCAAUGAAUUCUUCAAUCUAUCCUGACACUGUGGUAGGUCCAUACAUCCAGAGGUCAGACGCAAGGAAAAAAAAUUGCCAUACAAGUAGUCAUUUAAAUGUGAUUGGACAAUCAAAUUGUCUAGAUCAUCCCUUAGUUAUGCAGCAUAAGGAGGUUGAACAAUCAGUUGUAGAGACAACACUGAAGUCUAACCAAGGUUAUCUAAAGGAGCAAAGGAAGCCUCUGGGAAAUUAUGCUUAUGACAAUGUUGGCUCCUUGGAAGACGUAGUAAGUGCGAUGAUGAAACAGGACUUUCCCAAAAGCAGGACGAGACAUAUUAAAUCUGCGGAUGCUGCUAAGCCUCGUUUGCAAAUUGCUUUCCCUUUGUCUGUUGCUGGUACAGAAAGACACCUAGUGUUCUUGCUUUCCUAG